AUGGAUUUCCCACUAGGCAUCGACUCGGGUCAUCCGAAGCCGCUGUUGGGACCAAUCACGGGGAUUGAACCGCAACCGCUCCAGCAAACUGCGACAUACGCGCGCGCAAGGGCGUCGCGGGACGCAGCUUUCCCGACGGGCGAACGGGGACAGGAGGCCGCGCACCCGUAUCUCAGCACGUGGGCCCCUCUGAUUGAGCGAAGCGGAAGUCGCGGGCGUGAGGACAGCGGAAGCCGCGGGCGGGAUGGUGGCGGAAGCCGCGGGCGGGAUGGUGGCGGAAGCCGCGGGGAGGUUGGCAGCGGAAGCCGCGGGAGGAACGGCAGCGCCGCAAGCUCACCCCAAGCGCGGCGGAUUGGAAUAGAGUCGAGCAGUUUGGGCGCCAGCGGGAAUGAUGUGGUUCCCCUCACAACCUCCCGACUGCUUCCGCUCUUCCCCCUUUCAUCUCCCGCCACGGGUUCCACGCUCCCCCCUCCCGCUUUCCCCGCAGAGGCGGCGUCUGCAGCAGCGCCUGACGCGCCGACAGCUCCGGUGGCGCUAGGGGGUAUCCCCCCUGGCUGGGAAGACUGGGCGGCGAUAGCGCUGAUGGCGGAAUUGGCUGGGGGAAUUGGCGGACAGCCCGUAACGCCCACCUUUCCAGCACAACCGCAGCUAUUGUCGGCUUCGUCAGCGCGCGGAAGCGGAGCGGCGGCGGCGGAUGAGGGCGCGCGGAACGUGCAGCGUCGGCGGGGUGGGCGGACUGGUGGCGGAGAGCGCUACGACUUGUGGCAAGGCCCGGCGCUUUUUACAGGGUCCGCGUCUGCUUCCGCCUCCGCUUCCGCCGUCGCUUCCGCUUCCGCCUCCGCUUCCGCUUCCGCCUCCGCCGCCGUUACCGCGUAUCCUGUUCCGGCGCAUGGACCGAACCUUAGGGCGCUGGGGCGGGAGAGUGUAGAAGGCGGAAGUUUCCGGGAAAGGAUUGGCGGGGAGGAGCGGGAGGGAUUGGAGACAGCGCGGUCGCUCAAGCGGCGCUCAGCCUGGGAACCGUCACAACAGACUCAACCCCCUCAUCCUUCUCAACCCUCUCAUCCCUCUCAACCGACUCAACUAACUCAGGCGGAAGGCCUGAUAAGGCGGAGCCUGUCAGUUACCAGAACGUCAACUAAUCCACCGCCAACUUUGGUACGGAGUAGGAGCUCUAGUCGGCCCGCAAUUGGGGUAUCAAGUUACCCGCCUCAGAGUGUUCUGAAGACUCUUGGUCCGCCGGUUAGCAGAGCGCUAGGCAGCGCGGGUACCUCGCGCGGGGAGCGGAGCGAGGGGAGGGAUUCCGCGGGUCCGCGGGUUAGAGGGGGCGAGUUUAAGAUUCCGCAGCCCGCGUCGAAAUCAGGGUCCCGGUCGCUGUCCGCCACUGCGCGCGGAGGCGUUCCUUCCGCCCCCGCGCCUGGUUCCGCCGCUGAGCAGUGGCUUCCGAAAAGGGAGCAGGGCGACGGGCACGGAGCAGGGGGAGCGGGAAGCGGGAGCUCGAGCAGCAGGGGGAAGAGCGCCGGGUGGGGAAGCGGCGGGCGAGGGGAGGGGGAGCAUGGUCUGUCGUACAUAGUGGAAGGCGCAGGGAGAGGUGGUGGUAUGGGCGGAAGGAUGCUGGCGGAAGGGGAUGGGCAUGGGCGCGCGGGCGUUUGGGGGAAAGUUUGGGGAGGGGAAGGGGGAGCGGGGCCUGCGGGUGGAAGCGUAGCAGGCGGAGCUGCGGAGGCCGAGGGAAGGAGGAAGGCUGGUAGAGACGCAAGCACAGGGAAGGUUUCUAUUCGCUCAAGCGGGACGAGUGAUCACGUUCUAGGUUUAAGAAAACAACAGUCCAGCGGCUGUGCGUUUAGUCAAAGCAGCAGGAAGCGGCAGCUGGAGGAGCAGGGGGAGCAGGGGGGGCAGGGGGUCCAGAAGGGGCAGGGGGAGCAGGGGGCGGAGUUGCAGGGUCAGAAAUCGCCUGAGUCACGUGUGGAGCGGAGAAAGAGACCUGCGGGGACUCCGCCUGGGGGGGCCCCACCCGCGGGGACUCCGCUUGUUGGGACCCCUCUCCCCCGGACUCCGACUGCUGGGUCCCCUCUCCCGGGAACUCCGCCUGGGGGACUGGCGCGGCGGCUUGAGGUGCCUGUGUCGUGCGGGUGGGAGGCGUUUGGCGAGGACGCGGACGGGGAGGAACGCGGGUGCACAGGUGGGGGAGGAGGCGCAGGUGGGGCAGGGGCAGGGGCAGGGGCAGGAAUGGGUCCAGGGACAGGAAUAGGGAUGAUAGAUGUACAUACGGAGUCUGGGAGUAGAGGCCGGGCAGGAGGAUGUAGGGAGAAGCGCAGGGUUGUGGAGAGGGAGGGAAGUUGGAUUGGGGAGAAGGAGAGUGGUGGUUGUGGGAAAGGGGGGGAGGGUGAGAAGGGGGAGAGUGCGAGGGGGGAGAGUGCGAGGGGGGAGGGUACGAGGGGGGAGAGUGCGAGGGGGGAGAGUGUGAGGGGGGAGGCAGGAGGCGAGUGGGACGCGUUUGUGCUUGAGAUGACACGUGACACCUCUCUCCCGAGAUUCGUUGCAUCUGGACCGGUCCUGGAUUCAUCAGGUCCUGUGCUGCAAACAGCCGUUGCUCUCGCUACCCCUCCAACCCCUUCCUCUCCUGCUGCCGCCCUGCCCACUACCGCCACCACUACGAAACCCGACUUGCCUCGUCCUGCCUACCCGUCUCCUGCUGUCGAACCACCACACAGCACCCAUUUGAACCGCUCUGUGUGCCGACCAGGCGACUCACAAGUAGGCUCAGUGGGGCAGCAGAGGAAGGCAGUUGGCGGAUCGUUUGGAGGGUGGGUCCGGGCUGUGAGCCAGGCAAGACCGGUCGGUCAGCAACAAAGAGUUGGUGAGGCAAGGGAAGGGGAGCAACCAAGCGUGGUAAGCCAACCACGGGCUGUGAGCCAGCCAAGAAACCGCAAGGAGUUUGAGACACCCGUGCACGCUGCUGGUGUUUGUGCUGGUGCUGGUGCUGGUGCUGGUGCUGGUGCUGGUGCUGGUGCCGCAGUUUUAGUCACAAAGGGAAGUGCCAAAAGGCUCAAACUUGCGGUGGCUGACGCAGAGGAGGCAGGGAGAAAGGGUCAUGGAAAGGUUUCUGACGGCAGUGCGCGUGGGGCUCGUGAUAGGGACGGCAAUGGUGCUUCUGGCGCUGGCCUUGGCGUUGCUGCGAAUCCUGCUGGGCUAGAGAGGGGCGUGCAGGAAAGGGCACCGAUCACACCUACUGAUGCCCGAUUGUUGCACGCUGCUGUUGCUGUUGCUGGCAAUGCUGGCAGUGGGGGCGCUGCUGCUCCUCUAUGCCGUGCUAGUGCUGCUUAUGCUUCUGCUGCUGCUGCUGCUGCUGCUGUUGCUGGCAAUGCUGGCAGUGGGGGCGCUGCUGCUGCUCAAUGCCGUGCUGGUGCUUCUUCUGCUUCUGCUUCUGCUGCUGCUGUUGCGCCAUCUGGUUGCCUUGCAGUUGCCCAAUUCGCAGCACUGCCUGCGUUUCUGCCUUCUUUGGCUGAACCUGGUAACCCUAAUGAGACCAGAGGAUCCACUCAGCCUAACGAGCCUAAGGAACCCAUGGCACCUGUUUCUCCGUUCUCUCCUCUCUCUCCUGCCUCCCCUGUCCCUCCUGUCCCUCCUGUCUCUGCUGUCCCUCCAGUUCCUCCUGUUUCUCCUGUUGCUCCUGCUGCCCCUUCUCCUGUCACUCGUGCUGGGGUGCCUGCUGUCCAGCCUGGUACGGAUCUUCCAGCAGUAGAAGGCACUGCCUCUGCUGUAUCUCCACCACUUGCCCCUUCUCCUACCACUCGUGCUGGGGUGCCUACUGUCCAGCGUGGUACGGAUCUUCCAGCAGUAGAAGGCACUGCCUCUGCUGUGUCUCCUCCGCUUGCCCCUGCACCAGUUGCUGCCACCUCAUCUGUUGCUGUUGCCACCUCACCCGUUACUGUUGCCAGAUCACCCGUUACUGUUGCCAGAUCACCUGCUGCUGUUGCCAGAUCACCCGUUGCUGUUGCCAGAUCACCCGUUGCUGCUGCCACCUCACCUGCUGCCGGUGCACCUGCUGCUCCUCUUGCUCCCACCCCUGCCACUGCUCCUGCUCCUGCCACAAUACGUCGCCCAAGGCUGAGACCAGAGCCCAUAGAGGUCCCAGCGGGCAACACGAGCGGUGGCAGCAGUGGGGGUUCAGACGAGCACGCACUGGCAAUGGCAGCGGCAGCAGCUACAACUGCUGCCACCGCUCUCACCCCUGCCACUGCUCCUGUUCCUGCCACUGUUCUUCCCACAACCACGACACGCCGGCCAAGGGCGAGGCCAGAGCCCAUAGAGGUCCCAGCGGGCGACAGUUGGGGAUCAGACGAGAACGCACUGGCAGUGGCAGCAGCAGCAGCUACACUUGUCGCCACCGCUCCCACCCCUGCCGUGGCUCCCCCCUUUACCACGACACGUCGGCCAAGAGCGAGGCCAGAGCUCAUAGAGGUCCCAGCGGGCAGCACAAGUGGGGGCUCGGACGAACACGCACUGGCAAUGGCAGCGGCAGCUGCACUUGCUGCAUCCGCUCCCACCCCUGCCACUGCUCUUCCCCCUACCACGGCACGUCGGCCAAGGCCGAGACCAGAGCCCAUAGAGGUCCCAGCGGGCGACAGUGGGGGAUGGGAAGAGCACGCACUGGCAGUGGCAGCGGCAGCAGAGUCAGAGGACCAGCUUUCUGUUCCUGGGCCUAUGGCACUCACAGGUGCACAGGAGCAGCGGCAGCACGGGCAGCAGCGGCAGCAACGGCAGCAGGGACAGCAGCGGCAGCAGGGACAGCAGCGGCAGCAGCAGGGGCUGUGGCGGCCGCAGUUGGGUUUUCAAGGAGGCGAGGGGCGGCAGGGGCGGGCGUUUAGAAUGCCAGGGUUUUGGCAGCAGGUGCAAGGCGGGGCAGUGGGGGUGGCGGGGGGUUUGGAAGAAGUUGGGAGAGUGGGAGGAGUGGGAGGGAGAGCGCGUAGGGAAGGAGAGGGCGAGGUUCCCUCAGGGCCCCUGUUGAUGCAUCUCAGGGAGAGUCUAGAGGAGGGCGAGGGAUGGACCUCCCAGGGGAGCUUCACAGCGGAUGAAGGGGAGGGUGGGAGCAGUGAAUUCGCCAUGGGGGAGGAGGAGGGGAGCGGAGGGGAUGGGAGGAGGAGAGAGGAGGGGAGCGGAGGGGAUGGGAGGAGGAGAGAGGAGGGGAGCGGAGGGGAUGGGAGGAGGAGAGAGGAGGGGGGCGGAGGCGGUGGGCUGGCGGGACGGGUGGAGGGGAGCGGGCGACAGGGGCACGGGCAGGGGGAAGGGGAGAGGGGGGAGAGGGAGAGGGAGGUGGAAGCGGAUAGGGGGGAGCGGGAGAGGCAGGAGGGAGGGGAGAGGGCGGAGAGGCAGAGGGGCAGGGACGAGAGGCAGAGGGGUGUUACAAGCGUUAGGGACAUUAGGGGCGUUAGAGGCGUAAGGAACAUUAGGGGCGUUAACAUUAGGGACGCUAGGGGCGUUAGGGACGUCAGGGGCGUUAGUGGCGUUAGGGGCGCUAGUGGCGUUUGGCCUAGAGGGCGGAGGGAGAGGGAUAUGGUCGUGCUGCGGCUGCUGCAGGGGAGGGACGGCGGGAGCUCGGGAGGCAGCAGCAGAGGGAGUGCAGAGGCAAGGAGGAGGAGGACGAGGAUAAGUAGGAGCAGUCAGCAGAGGGAAUCGGGUGGGGGAAGAGGAGGGAACCAGGCCCAGGGGGUGGUGGUAGGAGGCAGGGGAGGCAGGGGAGGGAGGGCGGAGGCGGGGACGAGACUGGGGCAGAGUCCUUUGCAGUUUUCCCCCAGGAGAAGGCCUGUAAGGGAGCAAGGGGCGGGGAACCGCGUGAGUGGGCAGGGGGAAGGAAGCAAUGCGAGAGGGCAAGGCGUUUUGGGUGGCGGCAGCGGUCUGGGCGGCAGCGGCCUGGGCGGCAGUGGUCUGGGCGGCAGUGGUCUGGGCGGCAGUGGUUUGGGCGGCAGCGGCCUGGGCGUGGUGACGGAACAGGGCACAGACGAUCAGCAGAUAGAGCCUCCCCCUGUUGCUGUGGGGUCGAGGCGGAGAGCAGUGGAAGCAGCAGGGUCGUGCGUCCGUGCACCACCACCACCAUCACCAGUGGGAGCGGGCGCGGGAGCGGGAACAGCAGCAGCAGGUGCAGGAGCGGGAGCGGCUGCGUCAGACUCCAUGUUUGCAGCCAGCAGGUGUGCGGGCGCCUCUGCACACAAGAGGGCGGUGCCUGGCGAGGUGUGGAGCAGGAAACGCAGAGGCAAAAGGCAGAGGAGAUGUGCUGCUGCUGCUGCUGCUGCUGCUGCUGCUGCUGCUGCUGCUGCUGGGGAUGCUGCUGCUGCUGCUGCUGCUGCUGCUGUUGGUGGUGGUGGUGCUGCUGCUGGUGCUGCUGUUGGUGCUGCUGUUGGUGCUGCUGUUGGUAUUGGCUAUGGCGCUGGUGGCGGUUGCGGUGGGGAGCAGUAUGGAGAGGGAGAGGGCGAGCAGGGAGGGUUGGUGGAGAGGGCGUGUCUGAUAGCGAGAGCAGUGGCGCGGAGGGCAGUGCUGGACGAGGAGCAGGAGGGCGCCAGGGCCUCACACUCCUCUCUCAGCUGGUCGCACCACUCUGCCAACGUGGCAGCUAUCAGAUCGUGGCUUCAGGAUGCUGCCACGUGGCAUGAGCUGAUUGGGCAGCAAGAGCGCGACCUGGGUUUGUCUGGAUGGGUAGAGGGGGAGGUGGAGGAGGAGAAAGAGAAGGAGGAGGCGGGGGAGGAGAAGGAGGAGGAGGUAGAGGAGACGGAGGAGGAGGGCGAGGAGGUGGAGGAAAGGGAAGGCGAGAGGAGGGAGGAGAGCAGACAGGAGGAGGAAGGGCACAAAAGAGAAAAGGAGAAGCAGGGAGAGUCGCGGGACCUGGUUAAGUCCACCAGGAGAACUGAACACCAGGAGGAGUUGAAGGUCAAAGUUGAGAAUGGGAUUGGCCCUCCACAGUGCAUGUUCUGUGGGGCGGUGGGGCACACUGUGCUGAGGUGCUCUGAAACCCACGAUGGGGAGGUGCUUGUGCUGGUUGCACGGCUGUGUGACUGGGUUGAGAGGGGUGGAGAGGUGCUGGGAGAAAGGGGGGAUGGAGAAGGGGAGGCGCAAGGAGGGAUAGAGGGGGGAGGGAUGAAAGUAGGCGGGAUGGAGGCAGGAGGAGGUGGAGGGGGGAGUGGGAGGGAGGAGGAACGAGGAGGGGAGGAGGGAGCAGGGUUGGAGGAGGUGAGGAGGAGAGAGUGCCAAAGGAAUGGUAAAGGAAGUGAGGGGGGUGGUGGGGGAAAAGAAGACGGCAAGAGUGUGGAGAGUGAGGGGAUGGUAGGGGCGGCGAGGAUGGUAAGGAGGGUGAAGAGGGUGAGGAGGAUGGGACGGACAAAAGCGGAGCCACAUUUUUGUCUUUGGUGCGGGGUGGGCGGCGGCCACUGGGCGGCAGAGUGCGCAGUGCUGUUGGAGGAACGGAGCUUACUUCAGAUCGGGCCUGAGAUAGCCGCCCCACCCACCCCCGCUGCCGUCCAUACCUUACCUGUCGCUCCCACUCCCCCUGACGCCCCCAUCCCUCCUGCCAAACCCACACUCCUUGCUGCCCUCACCCUUCCUGUCGCUCCCACUCCCCCUGUUGUUCCCGCUCUCCCUGCUCUCGCUGCUCCUAUACCUUCUUCUCCGAAGGAGCUUGCAGUGAUUGCAUUCUCUCCCUCCGCUCUUCCUCCCGCUGCUGUCCCGCCGCUCCCCCCUGCUCUGCCUUCUUGUUACACUAUGCCCUCCCACUUUCUCCCCUCUCACUUUCUCCCCCGUCACCCCUCCUCCCCCUCAUGUUCCCCUCCCUCAUUCUCCUUACCCUCAUGCUCUGCCCCUCAUAGAAGAAGGCUCGGCAGCAGACUCGGAAGCAGUGGGGUCAAGGUGGGGAGGUUUGGCAGGAGAAUGGGGAGGACGGGAAGAAAGGUGGAGAGGCAAGGGAGCGACGAGGGGCAGGUGUGGGGGAAAGAGGAGGAGGAGGAGGAGGAGGCGGAGGAGGAGGAGGAGGAGGAGAGGAGAAGGAGCGAAUCUGCCUGCUGUGCUAUUAGAGGCGGUGGAGGGGGCUCGCCUGUCCAGAAGAGACUUCCAGAGGUGGCAGGCGCAGGGCGAGCUGUCAGCGCAGGCAAUGGGAUGCUUUUUGCGGCUGCGGCUGGGCAGGAAGGGCGAGCACAUGGGGGGCACAGGGUACUGCAUGGGACGAAUCACAGCAUGAGCAAGAAACCGCUUACAGCAGGCGCAGGGGCAGGAGGAGAGGGGAAUGCUGCAGGGGCAGCCAAAGGAGGCCUGGCAGGGCCAGCAGGGGCAGCCAAAGAAGAUCUAGCAGGGGCAGCAGCACUAGAAGUGGAGCUGUCGUCGUGUGUGGACUCUUCGCCUCUUGCUCUCGUGGUGGACCUGGGCGAUCGAGAGUACACUGUGGAUGGCCAGUUCCUCUCCAACAAGCCAUUCCUCGAGGUGUGCGAGGAGAGGGACGCCUUAGAGGACCUUCUACUACAGGAGCAGCUCAAGAAUGGCACCCCUGCUGACACGCAGGUGGAGGAGGCGAGGGCACAUGCAGCAGCCUUGGAGAUGGAGCUUCAAGCCAUGGCCUCCCGCUGCGAUGAGUGGAAGCGGAGGGCAGGGGAGCGGGCAGCGGAGAUGAAUCCAGCCCUGGUGCAGGCGCUGCUGGAGGAGCGUUUGGAGGAGCUCGAUGACUCUGGCGUGCUCGCCCUGCAGGUGGAAUGCGCUCGUCUGCGCGACGAGCUGGCAAAAUCUGAGGUGCUGCGCUUUGAGCUCUACCGCAGCCUGGAGCAGGGCGCAGUUGAAGUGGAGAGCCGGUGGGAGUCAGAGGCGUCUGGCAUGUCACCAGCGAGAGAAGGCAGCUUCAAGAGCAGAGACGCUGAGAGGCACAGCAACGACAGCGAUGAGGAUGCUCCAGGCCGAUCAACCACCCCUGUCAUGAUGGAGUGUGACGAGUCAGUGGUGCAGGAGCUUCUGGAGCUGGGGCAGGCGUCACUUACCCAGGAGGACGUCACUCGCCUCAUGGAGACCGUGGAGGCAGCGGAGAGGCGGGCAGAGCAGGCGGAGAGGGAGGCGGAGCAACGAGCAGUGCAGGUGCAGCUGCUGGAGGCGAAGAUGGCUGCCAUGCUGGUAUGCGGUGCUGUGCGUGAGAUGUGCCCAAUGGACGAGCACAAGCGCUCCCCCUCCCUCGUGUCCUCCUCGCCCAUCUCCUUCCGCCUCUCCCCCGUGGCCUCCUCCUCCUCCCCUGACCCCGCCUCCCUCACUCGCUCCAGCAGCAGCAGCGCCACCUCCCAACACAGCCAGCAGCAGCAGCAAGCCCCCUUCCAGGAGCAGCAAGCAGGGAGGCGAAAUCAAGAUGAAAGGGAGCGAUUACUACAGUUGACAGGAAGAGGGGACAGAAGAGCAGGAGGAGUGGAAGGCGAAUCAAACGGAGCAGCUCUGGGUUCAAAGUUUACUGGAAGAGCCAGGGCAAACGGUGGAAUGGUGGCAUCAGCAAGAAAGGGAGGCGACUUGACGCAUGACGCAGUAGCCAGAAGAGGCGCUCUGGGUUUGACUGUGGAGGAGCAGGAGAAGGAGGAGGAGGUAGAGGGACUGGAGGAGGAGGAGCAGGGGGAGGAUGGGGUGGAGGAUGGGGUGGAGGAGUUGAGACAGAUGGUGCAGAGAGUGCAGAGGCAGAACCGCAUCACCCAUGUGCUCCUGUCAGUGGUCGUUGCCGUCUCUAUUCCACCUCUUGUGGCCUUGGUUCGGGGGUGGUUCGGUGCAUCAGCAGCUGUGAGCAGCAGCGGCCUCACCACACCACUGUCACCCGCACAAUCAGACACCACCAUCACUACGAGCACCAUGUACGGCAGCGCCAGCAGCAGCAGCCGCAACGGCAGGCGUUGGAGCCGGGACCAUCAUGUGUGGGUGCGUGCAAUUAUUGGACCAUCCAUUCUAUCACUCCUGCCUGCCAGCCAGCAUCUUGACCCAUGGCUCCCUUCCAUCCGUUCCAUGUCCUGCGAUGCAUCGCCGCCCAUCCUUCCACCACCAGCCGCGUGUGCUGCUGUGAGUUGA